AUGCCCUCGACGCCGCCCAGGUCAGCGAAAAGAAAAGCUCCUCAGCUCUCCAUCACCGAAACUACUCCUACCACCCCAGCCAAGGGGAAGGGACCGCAAAAGUAUGGCGGCGCAUUGGAAACUCCAAGAAAGACCCCCCAUAAAUCAAAGUCACCCCUGAAACAGAAACUAGCAAAAACUCCGAAAGACACUUUGGCUCCACCGUCGCUGCUGGGUCUUCUUCCUACACCGGGAUUCACUCCACACAAGUCUCCUCGCCACAGGAGAAAGAGGCCCAUGAUGGACGACUUGGUGCAGCUGCUGGAACUGCUUGGGAUGCUUCUUCCCAACCACCUGGUUGCUGGCAGCGGGAGGAAAUCCGUGCUGCCGCAGAAAUUGCAUGCUCCCAUCAGUCUUGACUUGAGGGAGCUUUCAAAAAUCAAUAAGAAUUUGGCGUUUGAGGAAGAUGAAGAGGAUGAGGAGGAGGUUGCUGCUCCCGAAAGCCCUACGCGUAGGACUUCAAGGCGGAAACAGCAAAAGACUACGGUAUCUACGCCGGGGAAGCAGCUCAUCAGUGAGGAAAUGGUGGAGCAAUGGCAUGGGAAGCUGUUCAACAACCAGUUUUCUUCGGAUGAUGAAGAAAGUGAGCAAAGACUGGAACCAUUGACCAAUCCGUUUGUCGAUUCUGAGGCGUCCCCGGUGGUUGCAAAACCAAAGACCCUUGCAUCUUCAGGCGUCAAUUAUUCCACACACAACGAGUACAUCAACACGAGAACAGGUGAGCGCAAAGUCGUGGAGCUCACGGACGCUCAGAAAAAAUUUAAGCCCAAAAAAUUGAACUUCUCCGGUUUAUAG